GAAGGAGAGGACGAGGAGGACGAAGGGGAAGAAGAGGGGGCUGAAGCUGUGGAUGAGGAAGAGGAGGAGGAGGAGGAGGAGGAGGAGGAUGGAGCUGAAGCUGUGGAUGAUGAUGAGGAGGAGGAGGAGGAGGAGGAGGAGGAAGAGGGAGCUGAAGCUGCAGAUGAUGAUGAUGAGGAGGAGGAGGUAGAGGGAGCUGAAGCUGUGGAUGAAGAAGAGGAUGAGGGUGAGGAAGAGGAGAAGGAAGAGGGAGCUGAAGCUGCAGAUGAUGAGGAGGAAGAAGAGGAGGAGGCAGCUGAAGUUGUGGAAGAGGAGGAAGAGGAGGAAGGGGAGGAAGAGGAAGCAGCAGAGGCUGUGAAGGAGGAGGAAGAGGAGGAGGAGGAGGAGGAGGAGGAGGAGGAGGAAGAGGCCCCUUCAGAGGGAGCUGAAGCAGCUGCUGUUGAGGAUGAAGAUGAGGCCAAGGAUGAAGAGUUGGGCGUGUCUCCGGACUCCGACUCUGACGUUCCCGUCGACGUCAAAGACAGCGAUGACGACGCCACUCCUCCUGAGGAAGACGAGGACAAAGACGAAGAACACGACGAAGACGAGACCAGUGACGAUGCGUUCACUGACAGCUCAGACGUCAACGAGGACAUCUCCAUCGCCUCCUCUGAGCACUUUGCAGACGAUGAAGAGGAGGAUGAUGAUGAGGACCUCAAAGGUGAAGAUCUGGACCUAGACAUCCACGUGGACCUUGAUGAUGACCUUGAAAAAGUUGAUGAUGUCACUACAGAGGACAUCCCUGAUGACGAUAAAGAGGAGGAGGAGGAAGAGGAGGAGAUCGCUCCUUUUGAGAGCACAGACAGCGGAGUCCUCGGUGACGAAGACGAUGACGAAGAUGAAGACGUCGAUCUCAAAACUGAUGAAGAAUCCGCUGGAGAAACCGUCUUCAGUGACGACCUCUCCUAUGAGACAAUAGAUGACGAUGAUGAUGAUGAUGAUGAUGAUGACGAUGACGAAAAAGACGAUGAAGAUCUCGACGCCAGUUUGUUUGAUUUCACCAUCGACCUCGAGGACGAAAAAGAAAUCACGGACACGUUCAUUGACGCAGACAAAGACGAAGAUGACGUCAUCACAGGCUCACAGCUCAAAGCCAGCGUCCCUGAUGGUAUGGGGAUCAUAAGAGUCCAUGGGCUGGGGAGCUUCCACAUCUCCUCUGCUGCAGCAGCGCUGACUCUCCAGGAGGAGGCAGUGAAGACCGAGGCAGACACAGACGAGGAGGAGGACGAUGAUGUCACGCAGGCUGCUGAUGAAGACCAGGCUGAGGAGGAAGAUGCACACACAAUCGUCAGCCAGUCUGCAGCUCCAGAGGACGAUGAGGACGAUGAUGAUGAUGAAGAGCCGACAGCUGCUGUAGAGAAAACUGUGGACGAACCGGAGGAUAAAAAAGAGGAGUAUGACGAGGAUGACGAUGAGGAGGAGAAGGCCUCUGUGGCUGUGAGCAAACCUGUGGCUGAGCCCGAGGAAGAGGCAGCAAAGAGUGAAUCCUCAGUGUGUCCCUGCAUGAACUCUGCAAAGAAGGAGGAGUCUGAAACCAAGACUGAAGCCAAGACGGAGGAGAAGAAAGGAGCUCCGAGGAGAGUUUCAGCUAUCAGAAGGAAAAAAGACCCUGAGGCUGUGAUCAUACCGAAGAGGAAAGGUUUACCCAGGAUUCCAGGUCUUGGGGCAAGCGUCAGGAGGAUCAAGAGGACUCCUUUUCUCCUGAGAGCCAAAAAAGCAGAAAAGACCAAGACUUCAAAAACAGAGACAGAGACAGAGACCAAAAAACAAGAAGAAGCCCCAGAGUCCGGACAAGAAGUCGGACCCUGCAGACCUGCACCCGUCUACUGCCCGUCUCCACCUGGCUGGUACGUUCAUCAUGUGGUCACAGACAACCCUUACCCUCCUCCCACAAUGCAAGCUCCCUCUGCCCCCGUUCUGACCGCCCACCCCGUCCACCCGGGAGCUCCACCUAUGCAGCCUCUUUACCAGCAGCCUCCGAUGAUGCAGCCGAUCUAUGCUCAAUAUCAACCGUAUCCACCGCCAAUGAUGCAGCCUCCACCUCAACCAGAGCCGGUCCCACAGGCUGAGCCGGUCCAGCCAGAUGUCACAGAACAAGAGGCUCCAGCUCAGCCUGAGGUCCAGACUCCAGCUGCUGAAGCUCCGGUUAAGGAACCAGAAGCUGUUAAAGAAGAAGUGAAGGCCGCUCCUGCCAAGAAAGCUGAAAAGAAGAAAACCAAAGCAGCUGUGAAAGAGCCGGCAGCAGCUAAGGAGCAAACAAAGAAAGGUAAUUUAUGUUUACUGCUCUGUAAUCUGGGGGUUUGUCAUCGCGGCCUCUUGAGUGUCAUUACAAACAAUACACAGCAGUUUGAGCCGCGCUUUGCUUUAAACACACAGACAGAAUACUCAUGAUUACAGAGCUCCUGAAGUCCCACAGAAUGAUCCUUUUUAUCUUGAGCACACAAGUUAUUAACCUUUGCGGACACAGCAGGCGUGAUGAUUACACUUCACAUCAGUUGCCAUCUUUGUCAUUAAAGGCUAUUAUUUUCAACCUUUACUCU